AUGGCCACUGGACCUAAAGAAAGUCAAGAUAUCGAUAUUAAUAGUAUGACAAAUUUGGAUAUGGAUAUCAGCAAAAUGCCUAUAUUCUUUGAAGACAAUUUCGAUAUUGCACAAGAACUUGAACUUCUUUCUCAAAAAGCAGACACAGUUACAAAAAUAUGUAAAAUACAAGAAAAUGAUCCUCGUAAAAUACAUGAAAUUUCUGAUAUAAUUCUGAAAAAUAAAACUUCAGCUGAUGUUCAAAAAUGUGAGAAAAUUGAUUUAAAUAAGAAAAAUAAAUUCUACAGAAGUGAUUCUGAUAUAUUGCGUGAUCUCAUGGAUGAUGAUAUAAAGAUAUUUAUUAUUAUUUUAAUUAAUAUA